AUGCAGGAUUGCACGUUGCUGGUGAAACGUUUGCUUUGCACGAGUGCGCGACUGUAUUUCCUGUAUGGCACGGAGCGGGGCCAGAGGCUAGAAGAGCGUCUGCUUCCAAGAGGUGAAGGGGCCAUGAAGCUGGGGCUCCUCGUCCCCUGCCUAGCCGCCCUGCUGCGUGUGGCCAGCCCCUUACGCAUCUGCGCCUUCAACAUCCAGACCUUCGGUGACAACAAAGUGGACAAUGAGGCCAUCGCGGCAGUUAUUGUGAAGAUCCUGGCUCGCUACGACAUCGCCCUGGUGCAAGAGGUGCGUGACUCCGAUCUCAGCGCUGUCACUACCUUGAUGGAGCAGCUCAACAGGGCCUCCAAGCACUCGUACGACUACGUCAUCAGUGAGCCGCUGGGUCGGGAGAAAUAUAAGGAGAUGUACCUCUUCAUCUACAGGACCGAGAGCGUCUCUCCUGUGGCCGAGUACCAGUACCCCAAUGGCAACGGCGCCUUCAGCAGAGCCCCUUUCAUUGUGAAGUUCUCGAUUCCUGACUCAGAGGGAGAGCCGCUGAUCCUGGUGCCCCUACACACCCCUCCGAGCGAGGCCGUGGCUGAAAUAGAUGCCCUCUACGACGUUUACCUGCAGGUCCUUGACAAGUGGGGGACGGAUAACAUGAUGUUUCUCGGAGACUUCAACGCCGACUGCAGUUACGUGGGGAAAAAGGACUGGGCCUCCAUCCGGCUGCGCACCAGCGAGGUCUUCAAGUGGCUCAUCUCGGACUCCACGGACACCACCGUGGGCCACUCGGACUGUGCCUACGACAGGAUUGUCGUGAGUGGCUCGAAGCUGAGGAAGUGGAUCAACCCCAAGUCUGCCCGGGUGUUUGACUUCCAGACCGCCCUCAAGCUGAGCCAAGAAGAGGCUCUCGCGGUCAGCGACCAUUUCCCAGUGGAGGUGACACUGGGCUCCCAGUGA